AUGAAGAGUGAAGAUCUCACAUCAGAAAUUCCUUUUGGAAAUGCCUUGUUAUUAAAGGCAGACCAGGACAAUCAAACAAGCAUCACCCAAUUCAUCCUCCUGGGAUUUGGAAAUGACCCUGAAUUGCAGAUUCUUCUCUUCCUAAUAUUUUUAAUUAUCUAUGUUCUAACUGUGUCUAGCAACCUGCUGAUGGUUGGAUUAAUAAUAGCUGAUCACCACCUUCACACACCCAUGUAUUAUUUCCUGGGUAACCUGUCAAGCUUGGAGAUCUGCUACAGUUCAAACAUAUUACCCAGAAUGCUGGCCCAUUUCCUGACUGGGGACCGAACUAUAUCACUUGUCAGCUGCAUGGCUCAGUUCAAUUUGUUUAGCUCCCUGGCUGCCUCAGAAUGUUAUCUCCUGGCUGUCAUGUCAUAUGAUCGAUAUUUAGCCAUAUGUAGACCUUUACACUAUGCCAUCCUGAUGAGUGGCCGGUUUUGCUUUCAGCUGGCAGCUGCCUCUUGGGUUUGUGGAUUUCUUGCCAGUACCACUACCACAUCUUUGUUAUCCAGGAUCACCUUCUGUGGCCUUAAUGAGAUGGACCACUUCUUCUGUGAUUUUAGGCCCUUGCUAAAGCUGUCCUGUAGUGACACCAGUCUUAUGGAACUUGUCACGUUCGUGCUCUCUGUUAUAUUCACUCUGCCCUCCUUUGUUUUAACACUGGCUUCUUAUGUAUAUAUCAUCAAAACCGUUUUGAGAAUUCCAUCCACCACAGGAAGGCAAAAGACCUUUUCCACUUGCACAGCCCAUCUCAUUGUUGUCACAAUUUUCUAUGGAACCCUCAUGAUUGUGUACCUGCUACCAGACACCCCUGUGCUCCAAGCCCUCAACAAAGUUAUCUCCUUCUUCUAUACUGUUUUGACUCCUAUGGUCAAUCCGCUCAUAUACAGCCUUAGAAACAAAGAAGUAAAGGAAGCCCUGAAAAGGGUGGUUUGGAAGCUUCUGCCAUUCACAAGAACUGAGGGGAUCCAAGUUGGCUUCAAUCAGUUACAUUAA